AUGCGGUUCUGCCGUACAGCACCUUCUUUCGUCCUGUAUUUCAUCACUCAUGCACAUGAAAACCCUUCCCCAGCUGCGGUCCACCCCGCUCCCCCCAUCGCCUCCGCCAUCUCGCCGCUGCUUUCCCCCAGUAUGCUUACUGACAGCCAUACCGUGGUACAACGGACUCUUGCUGGGGGCUUGAAGCAUACACCCAGUCGUUCGUCUCUGGACUCCGCAUCGAAGGAAAAGCAAGGAGAAGGCGGGACGGAUCCUGCUCCGUACAAAGAUGGCCCCGAAGACCAGAAUCAACCAACAGAAUUUUACGCCAGGUUUCGUCCCUUUGUGCUGACGGCCCUUGCGCUCGUCAUCCUCGGUUGGUGGAUCAGCGCGACUGUUCUCAAAGCCACUAGACAUCGAUGGAUCGUGCAAACUCUAUUCGCCUGGGCUUUCAUCUCUAUCAUUGCAUUUCGGUUCAUACCCACUUCUGUGAUCACAAGACCAGUUGGCGCAGUAUGGGUUCCCUUCGUCCAAGAGCCAUGGUAUAAGAUGCCGUACAGAACGCGUUUGGCUAUUGGUUGGCUUUGUCUGCUGGGAAUAGUCUUUGGAUCUGCCUUUGGAUUCAAGUUGCAGCCCGGCACGUCUUACGGUGAUCGUGCCAUUAACGUUCUUGGCCUUUUUGUGUUUCAAUUGGGCUUCUGGCUCACCUCUCGUGAUAGGAAGAAUGUACCAUGGCCAACCAUAAUCGUUGGACUCUUCAUUCAACAAGUUAUUGCCUUGUUCGUUUUGAAGACUGGGCCCGGCUUCUCCAUUUUCAAAUGGAUUGCAACCCUCGCUGCCGAUUUCCUCAAGCAGGCUCUUGCUGGCGCCACAUUCUUCUUCGAUGCGGAUGUCGUCGAAAACAAGCAUUGGUUCUUUGUCAAUACGUUCUCUUCGAUUAUCUUCUUCGUUGCCUUCGUCAAAAUGAUGUAUUAUCUCGGUGUUAUGCAAUGGGUUAUCAAGCACUUCGCCUGGUUUUUCUUGAAAUUGAUGAACGUCUCUGGAGCCGAAGCAGUCGUCGCAGCCGCAUCGCCGUGGAUCGGCCAAGGGGAGUCUGCUUGUCUCGUCAGGCCCUACGUGGAUCUCAUGACAGAAUCCGAACUUCAUUUGACGAUGACUUCCGGAUUCUCCACCAUUGCCGGGUCUGUGCUGGCCGCCUACAUCAGCUUGGGAGUUCCUCCUGAGAACCUCGUCACUUCAUCGGUCAUGAGCAUUCCAGCUUCAAUGGCCAUCAGCAAGAUGCGCAUCCCAGAGUAUGAUGAACCCGUCACCCGUGGACGUGUCACUGUCGAUCGCGGUGUAGACAAAGCUAAAGGGCCUGCAAACGCCUUGCAUGCCUUUAGCCAAGGCGCCGUCUUCGGUCUGGUCGUUGCUGGGCAUAUUUUGGCGAACGUCUUGACGGUUCUCGCCCUUGUUGCGAUGAUCAACGGUCUGCUGACCUGGAUAGGAAAAGGAUUUGGUAUUCACCAACUGACACUUCAGCUCAUCCUCCGUUACGUGUUUUACCCGGUCACAUUCUUCGUCGGUGUUCCCCGAGGCGAAAUCCUGCAAGUAUCGGAGUUCUUCGCAACGAAGCUGGUGGCCAACGAAUUUGCGGCCUACCAAGCUCUCCAGGACCUGCAGCUGAACGGGCCCAAUCCUUUGUCCCUUCGUGCUUACACUAUCUGCUCAUAUGGGCUCUGCGGUUUCGCCAAUCUUGGGUCCCUCGGUAUUCAAAUUGGUGUUCUCGGUGCUUUGGCGCCUUCCCGAAGCAAGAUCAUUGCAAAGAUCGCCCUGUCCGCCAUGAUUUGCGGCUUCUUGUCUACUCUUCAAACUGCAGGCAUCGUCGGAAUGCUUGUAUGA